AUGAAAACGACAAUUGAUCAAUUGUGUCCGGAUAUUUGGCAAUAUGUGUUUGAGUAUUUUCAUGCGAGAGAAUUAUUUACUAGCCUCAUACACGUAACUAAAGCAGCUGAUGAUGUAUUGCUCAAUGAAAAUCAACAUUUCAGUGCAAGAACACUUGUCAUUGACACUGUUGUUCGAACUCCUCCUAAAGAACUUAUGCCUGCUCGAGUCAUCUCACUUGAAUUGUACGAAGAUAGCCGUUUCAAUACUAUUCGACAAUAUUUUCAACUUCGUUCAUUAAAACUUAUAGGUGAUCCUCAAUGGAUCAUUUAUGUCCUUAAACAGAUUUCACAAAAUAAUAAGAGACUUGAACAGUUGACUUUUUUAAUACCCAGCAUUGGCUUUUUAUAUGAUCUCCUUGCUUCUAUCUCAGUGAUAUCUUCACUGCGUCGGUUAGAAAUACGAGCAGACCAAUUUGAAGAAAAGAUAAAGGUUCCUUCCUCAUUUGUAAGGUUAGCUAAGAUCGAGCAAUUUAUUCUGCAUUCCUGUUCAUCAAUAAGUUGGAAUGAAUUAUUAUAUAUGUCCCCUCACAUGUCUAACGUUCGCUUUCUCGAUAUUACGUUAAUCAAGUGUCAUAAUAACUUAUUGAAUUCAUUUACAUUGCCGAAACUUCGCUCUUUAUUUCUCAUAUUAAUUGAAAUUCCUUUUGAAUUGAUCAUUCAACUUGUGACUACGGCACCUUCUCUAGUAAAACUUAAACUAAAUGGUCUCGUAGAUGAACAAGGAUUCGUCAUUAAUCACAAAUGGUCAAAAUUAUUUGAAUCUUGUUCUUCACUUAAAAGCAUCAUCGUAAGCGUGUCGCUGGAGCAAUCCAUAAGCUCCUAUUAUAGUGAAACGAUUCGAGAAUCUCUACAUAGAAUAAAUCUGACUUUAAAUGUAUUCGAUGAUGAUUCUGAAUAUUAUUUGGAUACACGACAGCAGAAUCAUUGGUGGAAGUUGUCAGGAGUCAUUAUUCAGCAUUGA